AGAGGAAGGUGAGUUUUAGAGAGAGAGAGGGAAAUAUGGAGAGAAUGUGUGAUUCCUCCGGGGAUGGUGGUGGCGGCGGCGGCGGCGACUCCUCUUCUUCUACUGCGGCGUAUUUGAAGCAUCUGAACAAGAUUUCACAUAAGAUCUCUAAACCCAUUCGGAAGCCCCCUGUUUACGAGACUCAAAUUGUUCAAAGCUCUGAGUUAGAGCCCCAGCAAUCGCAGCAGCAAGCGGCGCCGCCUCAACAGCAGCAACAGCCGCCGGUUUAUAACAUAAACAAGAGUGAUUUUCGCGAUGUGGUUCAGAAGCUCACCGGAUCUCCGGCGCACGAGCGGAUGUCGACUCCGCCGCCGAUUCACCAGCCCAAGCCGCCCAGUUCGAGGUUGCAGAGGAUUCGCCCUCCGCCGCUCGUGCAAAUAGGGAACCGCCCGUCUCCGCUCUUGACCGUCGCCGGCCCUCCCCUCCUGCUUCCCAGCGGCGGAGGGUUUCUCGGCGCUGGCCUCCGCCCUGCGCCUCAACCGCAGCCUCUUUCCCCUCUUCCGCCGUUUCCCGCCGUACAUGCGGCGGCCGAGUCCCCGAUCUCCGCCUACAUGAGGUUCCUCCACACCUCUUUCACCGCCGUUGACUCCGAUUCCAAGCGCUUCUCCACCGGGCUUCCCCCGCUCGCCCCGCUCGCUUCGCCGCGAUGGAACACCUUCGCUCCUCCUCCUCCUCCUCUUCCUCCGCCACCACCUCCGGCAUCAUCGGCCGCAAUUUUACCGCAAUUUCCUGCUAUGCCGUCUUCUCCACUGCCGUUUAGCUGCCUGCCGUCGCCGUCGCCGAGGUCGCCGUGUGCCUUGCUGUCUCCGAAUCUGCUGCUUUCGCCGGCGGGUCAACUAGGGUUCCCGCAGCUCCCCCUGUCUCCGACGGUUCCUGUUUCUAGCCCAACCUGGAAGGGUAUUUGAAGAAUUCCAGUCCAAUACAAAGAAGAGGUAAGAAUUUUAGGAUUUAAUUUGUUGAAAUAUACUACUCCGGUAAAAGUAGUAGCUGUAGAAGAAGAAGAAGAAGAAAAGAUUGGAGGAACAUGUACAUUUAGUUCCAAGGUGAAAAAUGUUAAAAUUUGACUCGCUCUAUAGUUACUUUUGCUCUCUGUAAAUGAAUGAAUGCUAAUGAUAGUGAAUGAGAAACAUUAGAUUUGUUCUUCUCAGUCAA